AUGCGUCUUUCGUCUUCUCUUCUCAUCCUCUCUGCUACCUUGGCUCUCGCUUCACCGCUUCAGCCUCGUGCUGCCCCCGACAAUACUGUACUAAUCCAGAGCACUACCAAGUGUUGCCAUACCGACAUUGGCGAAUCGGAAAAACCGGGUGGAAUGCGCGUGUAUUGCUCAGCAUCUGCCCGUACCGAUAAUUCCCAAGGGCUGUUUCCCACAACUUCUGGAAAAAAAGUCACCUACAAGACAGGAACGGGCAAGAAGGGCAAAAAAUACGUCCAACUCACUGGACGGAUUAACAAGGGAUUCUCCCAGCUCAAUGACAAUGACGGCGGAGGACAGUAUGAUUCGAGCGGUGGAGCUGGCGGAAAAGGCAACCCACAAGGCAGCGUGUGCACAGGAUACAAGCAUUAUGUUCAACUCGUCGAACCCAACGACGGCCGCGCAUGCAUUCGCUGUUGUCAAGACUAUAACGACUGCCCGCUGGACAAAGACACUGCCGGGUGUCCUGCGGUCAUUCCAGGAACUUACUGA